AUUUUGACUAUCGAAAGAGAUGUUUCGUUGCGUAUAUUGAUUUCGUUUUUGUGCAUUGGUACAUCGAUUUUGAAUCUUUUUUUCGGAAUUUGGACUAAAAUUGUGACAAACUCGACUUGUCUUAGUGUAAAAAUAGUUCUUUUCAUUUUCAAAACUCUUCCCGCGUAAAUCAUCAUUGAUUUUCAAUGUUUGAAAAGAAAUGUGCCUAUGUUUUUAUUUGUGUUGAUCAAAUCGAUUGGAUUUCUUCGAAAAAUAUUUUUUUUCUUUCAAACUCCAAAUGUGCGAAUGGGCAAAAAUGACGAUCAAAUUCGACUUUUGCCAGUCGGAAAUGGGUCGGCGAAAAAGAAUUAUGAUAGUAUAACACCUCUAAGCACCGAGGUCAUAUCGGAAAAUGAUUCGGCUAAUACAAAAACACCAUCGACAUAUGGAAGUUUGAAGUUCAAUGCAACCGUAGAGCAGCUGAGCUACACAUGGACGAAUAUCGAUGUGUUCGGUGAAGUGCAAAAUGGAAACACCUCCGGGAUGGGCGAAUCGCCUCCUUCUGCAUUAUUUUCAAGAAUAAAGUCAUGCUUUAGCCGUGACUAUCAGCAUAUUCCGCGGCCAAGGAAACAUUUACUGAAAAAUGUGUCGGGCAUUGCAUAUCCGGGCGAAAUAUUGGCAGUAAUGGGAAGUUCAGGAGCGGGGAAAACAACACUUUUAAAUUCACUUGCAUUUCGAUCACCUUCAGGCGUACAAGUGUCUCAUGCUGCCGUACGAGCUUUAAAUGGAAUACCAGUGAACGCAAAACAAUUGCGAUCAAGAUGCGCCUAUAUUCAACAGGACGAUCUAUUCAUUGGAUCCCUGACUGCGCGAGAGCAUUUGAUAUUCCAGGCUUUGCUACGAUUGGAUCGUCGGAUGCCGUACAAAGAGAAAAUGCAAAAAGUGGACCAAGUCAUAGAGGAUUUAUCGUUGACCAAGUGUCAAAAUACUAUUAUCGGAGUUACUGGACGGAUCAAAGGUCUGUCAGGAGGUGAACGAAAACGUCUUUCGUUCGCUUCAGAAGCUCUAACCGAUCCGGCGCUGCUGUUGUGCGAUGAACCCACCUCCGGUUUGGACUCGUUCAUGGCACACAAUGUGCUGCAAGUGUUGAAAAACUUGGCCGAUAAGAAUAAAACCAUCAUUCUAACGAUUCACCAACCAUCUUCGGAAAUUUUUAACAUGUUCGACAAACUGCUCUUAAUGGCCAAUGGUCGCGUCGCAUUUCUCGGCACACCCACCGAAGCAAAUAACUUUUUUGCAUCACUUCAAGCACCGUGCCCAGUCAACUAUAAUCCAGCAGACUACUUUGUCGAACGCUUGGCCAUUGUGCCCGGCAAAGAGGACGAAAGUCGUGAAACCGUUCGAAAGAUUUGCGAUGCAUUUGCCGUUAGUGAAUACCAAACAAAGCUCAAUGACGAAAUAAGCAAACUACAAUCAAACUCGACAGCCUUCAUAUCGAUGAAUGGAAGCAAUGGAAAUGGUGUUGAAAGCUAUCGUGUGUCGUGGUGGGCACAAUUCAGAGCAAUUCUCUGGCGAUCAUGGCUUACUGUGUUGAAAGAACCGUUACUCGUUCGCGUUAGAGUUCUUCAAACGGUGUUGGUUGCACUGGUUGUUGGAGUGAUUUUUUAUGGACAAGAAUUGACACAGGAUGGCGUUAUGAAUAUUAAUGGAGCGAUUUUCCUCUUUUUAACCAAUAUGACAUUCCAGAAUGUAUUUUCGGUUGCUAAUGUGUUUUGCGCCGAAUUGCCAGUAUUUUUACGAGAGCAUAGAAGUCGAUUGUAUCGCACAGAUGCAUAUUUCCUCGGAAAAUCACUUGCCGAAUUCCCAUUGUUUAUGCUUGUUCCCCUGAUUUUCACAGUGAUAGCUUAUCCGAUGAUUGGCUUGCGGCCAACAUUCAUUAAUUUUGCAAUAGCCCUUGGAAUUGUGGUGCUGGUUGCUAAUGUUUCAACUUCAUUUGGUUACCUCAUAUCUUGCUGUAGUUCUUCAAUCUCGAUGGCACUGUCGAUUGGCCCACCAUUGAUUAUUCCAUUUUUGUUAUUCGGAGGUUUCUUCUUGAACAGUGGCUCGGUGCCUGUUUAUUUCAAAUGGCUGUCUUAUCUGUCUUGGUUUAGAUACGGCAACGAGGCCCUAUUAAUUAACCAAUGGGCUGACGUUGGUCCCGGUGAAAUUUUGUGCAAUCGCUUGAAUGCAACAUGUCCAGCAGAUGGUCGCGUUGUUUUGCAAAUACUCAAUUUCGAUGCGGAUGACUUUAGCUACGAUUUCAUUGGACUGGCAGCUUUGAUCAUUGGAUUCCGUUUCUUUGCGUUCGUUGCAUUGAGCCUACGAGCUAGGAGCAAAGAGUAGUGGAUUACCCGCAUUCAAUUUCAUGAAUCUUGAAACUAAUUUUGUUGUAAAUAUUUUUUUUAUUUUGAAUUUGUUUGUGAAGAGUGUACUUUUACGCCCUACUCCUAUUUUCAAUCCACAGAUGAAUAAAUGAUGAAAAAAGUC